GAUUGGUCUGUCGGUGGAAUAAGCAGCUAGACACAAGCCGCAAAGGAGGAUAAUUUCUGGUUUUAUUUUGCACGGAGGGAAAAGUUAGUCGAUAAGCCUUUCACUAGAAGGAAAUGAUACAGUAGGACGGCUUUUUCUGACAAAUCAGCAUAAUGUCGGGGAACAGCUUGGUUCUGCCUAUCGUGCUGUGGGGCCGCACGGCUCCCACCCACUGCAUCAGCAGUCUGCUGGUGAUGGAUGACUUCAGCACCAUCAUCACCGGCUGCCAUGAUGGACAGAUCUGCCUGUGGGACAUGACACCUGAGCUGGAGAUUUGUCCCAGGGCCAUGUUGUUUGGUCACACAGCCUCCAUCACCUGUCUGUCUAAAGCCAGUGCGUGCAAUGACAAACAGUACAUCGUCAGUGCAUCAGAGAGUGGAGAGAUGUGUUUAUGGGAUGUGAAUGAUGGACGUUGUAUUGAGUUCACCAAGCUGGCCUGCGCCCACACCGGCAUACAGUUCUAUCAGUUCACCAUUGGCACUCAGAGGGAGGGACGUCUACUUUGUAACGGCCAUUACCCAGAAAUCCUUGUGGUGGACGCCACCAGCCUGGAGGUCCUGUACUCGCUGGUGUCGAAGAUCUCUCCUGACUGGAUCAGCUCCAUGAGCAUCAUCCGAUCCCACCGAACACAAGAGGACACGGUGGUGGCAGUUUCAGUGACGGGGAUUUUGAAGGUCUGGAUCAUCACAGCUGAGGUCAGCAAGAUGCAGGACCUGGACCCUGUGUUUGAAGAAGAGUCCAAACCCAUCUACUGUCAGGGCUGUCAGAGUAUUUCCUUCUGUACCUUCACUCAGAGCAGCCUGCUGGUCGUCUGCUCCAAGUACUGGAGGGUGUUUGAUGCAGGUGACUACUCGCUGCUCUGCUCAGUGGCCAGUGACAACGACCAGGCCUGGACCGGAGGAGAGUUCAUCGCCGCGGACAAAGUCAUCAUCUGGACCGAAGACGGCUGCAGUUACAUCUACAAGCUGCCCGCCAGCUGUCUGCCUGCUAGUGAACAUUUCCGCAGCGAUGUUGGGAAAACCAAAGAAGGCUCCAUCCCUCCGCUGAUCUACAGCUUUGCAGGCCACUCAGAUAAACAGCUCCUGAUCUGUCCUCCUGUGACUCGGUUCUUCUUUGGCCGACGGGAGCCCUUCCAUAAGCUGCUGAUCCAGGGGGACUCAGCGGGCAGACUGUCCCUGUGGAGCAUCCCAGACACCUCGCCUGUGCAUCUGCCGUCCACCUCUGCAGAGCUGCAGGUGUCAUCCACCAUCAGUCUCCAGGAGGCGUUUGAUAAGUUGACCCCGGUGUCUGCAGGGAUCAUUGACCAGCUCAGUGUCCUGCCUGGAAAAGAAGAGCCCAUCAAGGUGACAGCCAGCGUGUACAUCCCCUCUCAGGGUCGCCUGGUGUGCGGGAGGGAGGACGGCAGCAUCAUCCUGGUUCCCGCCACUCAGACUGCCAUUGUCCAGCUGCUGCAGGGGGAGCACAUGCUCAGGAGAGGCUGGCCGCCUCAUCGUACCCUGCGAGGUCACCGCAACAAGGUGACGUGCGUCCUGUAUCCGUACCAGAUCUCCCCUCGCUACGACCAGCGCUCGCUGGUGUCCGGGGGAGUGGACUUCUCUGUCAUCGUCUGGGACAUUUUCACCGGAGAGAUGAAGCACAUUUUCUGCGUCCACGGAGGAGAGAUCACCCAGCUCAUCGUCCCGCCUGAAAACUGCAGCACUCGGGUGCAGCACUGCGUCUGCUCUGUGGCGAGCGACCACUCCGUCGGCCUGCUCAGUCUCAGGGAGAGGAAGUGCAUCAUGCUGGCGUCGCGACACCUCUUCCCCAUCCAGGUCAUCAAGUGGCGUCCGGCAGAUGACUACCUGGUGGUCGGAUGCUCAGAUGGCUCUGUCUACGUCUGGCAGAUGGACACAGGAGCCCUGGACCGCUGUGUGAUGGGUAUAACGGCAGUAGAGAUCCUGAAUGCCUGUGAUGAGCUGGCUCCGGCCACUGUGGACGCUCUUAGCCACUCAGCCGUGAACCUGAAGCAGGCGAUGACUCGCCGCAGCCUGGCGGCACUGAAGAACAUGGCCCAGCACAAACUGCAGACGCUCGCCACCAACCUGCUGGCUGCAGACAACGCUGACAAGGGCAACCUGCCGAAAUACUCCCACAAUGCCCUGGUGGUCCAGGCGAUGAAGACCAACCUGACAGAUCCAGACAUGCAUGUGCUGUUCUUUGACGUGGAGGCGGUGAUCAUCCAGCUGCUGACGGAGGAAGCCCAGAGACCGAACCCCACGCUGGUGUCUCCAGAGACGCUGCAGAAGAGCCAGGCUGGAGGUGACAAGGGGGGGUCGUUCCUGGCCAACAAGAUCUUCAAACAGGUGAAGGAGACAAUGAAGGAGACCAUCAAGGAGCACCUGCUGGACGAAGACGAAGAGGAGGAGGAGGAGCUAAGGAGGCGAGAGGAGAAGUCCAAGUCUCUGAGUCUGCUGGAGUACAACUUGACGAUGGACACGGCCAAACUCUUCAUGUCCUGCCUACACGCCUGGGGCCUCAACGAACAGCUGGACGGCAUCUGUCUGGAGCGACUGGGCAUGCUCAGACCGCACUGCCCCAUCUCCUUCGGCCUGAUCUCCAGAGGAGGUCACAUGUCGCUCAUGCUGCCCACCUUCAAGGAGUCCUUGCUGCGGCAGUUGUCCCUGGCAACGGGUCUGAAGCUGACUCUGACGGACAUCGUCGGGAAGGGGACUUAUGGCGUGUCAAGGGCCGUCACCACACAGCAUCUCCUGUCUGUAAUUUCACUGGCCAACACUCUGAUGGGCAUGACCAACGCCACCUUUGUUGGAGAGCACAUGAAGAAAGCACCAGCCAGGCCUCCCAGACCAGGAGGAACCCCGGAGACUCCUCGCAGGACCCUGGCUGCCCCCCCUCAGCCUUCCAACCCGGCGCUACAGGCCCAGAUCAAACAAGGUUGGAGCCAGCUGGCGGCCAUGCACUGUGUGAUGCUCCCGGACCUCCUUGGACUGGACAAGUUCAGACCUCCUCUGCUGGAGAUGUUGGCGAGGAGAUGGCAGGACCGCUGUCUGGAGGUGCGAGAAGCUGCGCAAGCCCUCCUGUUGGCUGAGUUAAGAAGGAUUGGCCAAUCAGGACGUAAGGACACCAUCGACAUGUGGGCUCCCUACCUGCCUCAGUAUGUGGACACUGUCAGCUCCCCUGGGACAACCGCUGAGCCCUCCCCUCCAGCCCCGCCUCCACCUGAGGCUCAGCCAAUAGAAACCAAGGCUCCCGAGGAAGAACUGGACGUCACGGAUGAUGACAUCACAGCAGGCUGUCUGUCCAACCUUCCACCAAAUGCCAAGAAGAUCUCCAACUCGUACGAGGAGCGGCGCAAACAGGCCACCGCCAUCGUGCUGCUGGGCGUCAUCGGGGCUGAGUUCGGGGCUGAGAUCGAACCUCCAAAGGGAUCGGCACGGGCUCGGGCCGGUGGACAGGCACCUGAGGGCUUCGGACUGACGAGCGGAGGGUCAUCCAACUACUCACUGGCCAGACACACAUGUAAGGCGCUGACCUUCCUGCUGCUGCAGCCCCCCAGCCCCAAGCUGCCUCCCCACAGCACCAUCCGCCGCACAGCCAUCGAUCUGAUUGGCCGAGGCUUCACCGUCUGGGAGCCCUAUAUGGACGUGUCAGCGGUGCUCAUGGGACUGCUGGAGCUCUGUGCUGAUGCAGAGAAGCAGCUGGCCAAUAUCACCAUGGGUUUGCCCCUCAACCCGCCUGCAGACUCUGCUCGCUCAGCCCGCCAUGCGCUCUCCCUUAUCGCCACUGCCCGCCCGCCAGCCUUCAUCACCACGAUCGCAAGAGAGGUUCAUCGGUACAACGCAGCUCAGGCGAACUCUCAGUCCCAGCAGAACGUUCACACCACCACUCUGGCCAGAGCUAAGACUGAGAUACUGCGAGUGAUUGACAUCCUGAUAGAGAAGAUGCCAGGAGACGUGGUGGAUCUGCUGGUCGAGGUGAUGGAUAUCAUCAUGUACUGUAUUGAAGGUUCUCUGGUGAAGAAGAAAGGUCUGCAGGAGUGUUUCCCUGCUAUUUGCAAGUUCUACAUGGUCGGUUACUGUGACCGUAGUCACCGCAUCGCCGUCGGGGCUCGCCAGGGUUCAGUCGCCCUCUACGAUGUUCGCACUGGAAAAUGCCAGAACAUCCAUGGUCAUAAGGGUCCAAUCACUGCUGUGUCAUUCGCCCCUGACGGUCGUUACCUGGCAACGUACUCCAAUGCUGACAGCCACAUCUCCUUCUGGCAGAUGAACACCAGCCUGCUGGGCAGCAUUGGGAUGCUGAACUCGGCCCCUCAGCUCCGCUGCAUUAAGACCUACCAGGUUCCUCCCGUGCAGCCGGCGUCUCCGGGCUCCCAGAAUCACCUGAAGCUCGCCCGCCUCAUCUGGACCUCCAACCGAAACGUCAUCCUUAUGGCCCACGACGGCAAGGAGCACCGCUUCAUGGUCUAGGCCAAAUCUGCAUCUCCAGCUGAGCCCCCGUCGUCGCAUCCGACAGACCCGGACCUGUUCUAGGGUUUUUGCUCCAAGGCAGUGUCUGAAAUGCUGCAGCGUGGAUUCACUCAGUGGUCACUUUUAGCUUCAAAUGUGUAUGCUGAGCUGCUGAGUCUAAUUUCUGCACGAAAAUUUCACGUGAAGGCGUCAAACUGCAGCUUGGCCAGAAAAGUAAAAGCCCAGCUCAGGUCCGGGUUUGGCCUGGAUGCAGUUUUAUCUCCCGUACUGAUCGCUGUGAGGAAACUCACUCUCUAAUCUGUUAAAAAGCUGUGAUAGAAGGCUUGUUUACAUUCUAAGUUGCAUCGGUGUCUUUUUUCCUGUCAUUCCUAUUUAUUUGCUGUUUGUGCUGGAGGUCGUCUCGCCGCAGUUGCUGUUUAUUUAAAGUCAGCCUUUGACUUGCUGCCAGUUGACUUCCCACUUAGUUUUUAGUUUAUUACAGAGCUUAGUGAGAGCAUCUUAUUUUUAUUAAAUGCUUGUGACAUAAUGCAGGUGUUUGUGGAUCACUUUGCAGAAACAGUGAGUGGAACAUGGAUUUAACACACACACUCGAAAUGAAUCAUUUCCAUUUUCUGCUAGUGUGGGACUCAAAAAGUGAAAUAACCUAAAAUGAUAUAAUGACAUACAAUCUCAGUUGCUGGAAUGAAUUAUUUCUAGUUCUCCACUAUCCUGUUGAAGGCUUUGAUAAGCUCUCUGACAUGUCAGACAAGUACACACUUUUCAUAGUUCAACCUGCCCGUGUGUGUGUGAGUACUUUUAUUUUUGUGACACUUUGGAAGCUUUCCAUCCAUUCCACUUCCAGCGUCGUGUGUAUUUUCACAAACACACAUUCUCGCCUCGGACGACUCCUCCUAAAAGCCCUCAGACACAGCGUUCCUCACUGCAGGUGUUUCAGAACGCACCAAAACCGAAGCAUGCCAUUAUUUUGUUCAUAUUUUUAAGGGAUAACGGGGUGCGGGUCUGUGGCUCCUGAGGGCACUAAUUGGUAAUUAGCCAGUAAGUCUUCUUAAAGAUGUCUUCCUUCAUCGACUCUGAACUCCACAUCAGCUUUGUUCAGUCUCGCAGAGUUAGUUUUGUCGUGGUCCCCUCUGUCCUCAUGUCACUCAUUUCCCUCUGGCUUCUCUGGAGUUUCUGUCCCUCUCAGGAUGCCAGAACUCUCCUGGAGCUUCGUAUGUUUGAAGGAAAACAGCAGCAGCCUCCUUUCUUGCCUCGUUUUAACCCCUCUCUCGUAUUUUGGGGGGGAUUGUGUGUCUGUUUGUGAAUGAUGACACUUUAUACUUCACUGAUAGAUGUGAAGACUUCUCUUCUCUCAGAUCUCUUCAUCAUGCUCCCAUCUGACUUUAGGGAGGGGGUCUCUAGAUAUAAAUGUGUACAUAUACAGUAUAUAAUACACCAUCAGAAUUGCUGCAUAAUGUAGACUGUUAAUCUUGUACAGUGAGCUUUGACCCUGUCUGGUGUAGUUGUUGUGGCUAAUGUGACUGUCUGCCUGGCACUGACUACUUCUUCAAGUGGGUGAAUUUCCUUUUUUAGCCAGUUUAAAACUUUUUGUCCUUUCAUUUGAACAUUUUAUUACCUGCAACCACUUGGAAAAUGAGACUUUUUGCGUUUUCCUUUGGUUUUAACAAGAAGGAUCAACUGGCCUAGUUUACAGUGUUAAGGUGCAGCUAAAGGGGACAAAAAAAUGGAUAAGCCUUCUAGCAGUGAUACAUCAAGAAAAGCAAGAGAACACUGAAACGUGCCAGUUUUUUUUUUUUUGGUGGACAUCUUUGGUAGUUUGAUAGAGAUCUCGACUGUCCUUUUAUUGAGAGAAACAAAAGUCAUUAAUAGGACAUUUACAGUUUGUUAUACUUCUUGCAUCAUGAAAAAGAACUGCAUUCGUUCUCUUAAAUGUUGCUGACAUUCCUUAUUAAUCACAACAGGCAUGAAGUAGCUUCUUAGCCUGGAGCUAACACCACUUCUCAUAAGGGAGGCUAACAGCUUUAACAGCGUAGCCUGCUAAAGAGCAACUUAACAGCGGCUGAAAUGCUUCAGUGAUGUAGAAGUGUGCACAGACGUGCGUCAGUACACCGUGACAUCACUGGUAGGUGUGGCUUAGACGUUUUCCUGCUUGACUGUGGUUGGUGAUACGUUUUACCUUCAUGUUUUAAAAUGUUGUUGCUGUUUUAGUGCUCAGAGUUUUAUGCAGAAAGAGAAAUAUAUAAAGAGAUAUUUAUAGACUUUUGUGUCAGAAUCAGACUGAGUUGAUGUUUUUACUUUGAUUCUUGACUGUUUUACAUGCAAAUUUGACAUUUUUGGACACUUCAGGAGCUUUAAUUCUUUAUUUUCCACUCCUCUUCCUUCUCCUCCAUCCUUUCCUCAUCUCCUCUGUCCUCCCUCCUCUCCUUCCUCCAUCUCCUGUCAGUUUCGUUAGUGCUGUCAGAAAGCUUCUAACACUGUUACACACCUGUAAGCUCGAGCGUGUCAAAGCUUUUCACAAGUUCUUCAAAGGAAAAAAGCUCAUCAGAUGGGUUUCUGAAAACACACACACACACACACACACACACACACACACACACACACACACACACACACACACACACACACACGUCAAGUCCAGGAGGUCCAGACAGCUUUGAGAUCUUAAUCUUCCGUUUCCUCCACCACUCUUUACAGUUUGAGAAAAUCUGUUUUUGGCAGCCUCAUGGGGAGGAAAGGUGAGAAAAAUAAAGAAGGCAGAGAGGAAGAGUUGAAGAGUAAGUAACAAGUGAGGAAGAUCAGGUCAUCCACCCAGAAAAAGAAGCUUCUGGUGAAGGCAGUGGACCGAAAUGUCUAAAAGACCCCUCUGCUCUUUCUGCAAAUACAGCAACAUGGAAAAAAUAAGACAACGUGUGGCACAGUUACAGAAAACUGCAGAUAAGUUUGAGAAGCUGAUCUUUGCAGCACAGUUAAGAGGAUGUAAAUGUAUUAUUCAUUUUGAUUUAAUCAUGUAUUUAGUGUUUAUACAGUAAAUCUACAUAUUUAAGAGUGUGUGUGUGAUAUAGUGCAUGUAUAAAAUCUUCCCUUGUCCUAACACAGAGCAGGUUGGAUCUACUGUGCAUCUUCUAAACAACGUGUGUUCUGUUCAGAUGUGUUGUUGUUGUUGUUGUUGUUGACUUUGUGUCUAAUAAAGAUGAAAAUGAGAC